CUGGGCGGGCAGGCAUGUGACACCCCCCUGCCCCCUCCUGCUCUCUGGCCGCCUGCCUGGGCCAGCCAGGCCCACACCCUCCCCGGACCCUAUAAGGCUUGGGAAUUGGGAGCCCAGACGCUGCCAGCAGCGGUCCUGCUCUGAGGGACCCUUUACCCUGACUGGUCCAGCCCCACAGGCUGCCAUCAUGUCAGCUUCAGGAGAUGGGACCAGGGGUCCCCCCAAAUCCAAAGGCAAGACCCUGAGCAGUUUCUUUGGGUCCCUGCCUGGCUUCAGCUCUGCCCGGAACCUGGUGUCCCAUACUCACAGCUCCACCUCCACAAAGGACUUACAAACAGCAACAGACCCCUCGGGGACUCCUGCCCCUUCAUCUAAAGUGUCCACCAACUCACAGAUGGCAGAGGAUGCAGCAGGGCUGCUCCAACCUUCUAAACAGACAGCUGGAGACAAGGACAUGGGAAGUUUCAGUGUGACCAGCAGUGAAGAUGCCUUCUCCUUUGGCAUCAUGGAUGCUGCAAAAGGAAUGGUCCAGGGUGGACUGGGUGCCACCCAGUCGGCCCUUGUCGGCACUAAGGAGGCAGUGUCUGGAGGUGUCACGGGAGCAGUGGGCUUGGCCAAAGGUCUUGUCAAGGGAACUCUGGACACUUCAAAGAAUGUCCUCACCAAUACGAAGGACACAGUUACCACAGGACUCAUGGGAGCUGCAAACAUGGCCAAAGGGACAGUGCAGACAGGCCUGGACACCACCAAGUCUGUGGUCAUGGGCACUAAGGACACGGUGACCACAGGACUCACAGGGGCUGUGAAUGUGGCCAAAGGAACAGUACAGACAGGUCUGGACACAAGCCAGAAAGUGCUGACAGGCACAAAGGACAAUGUAUAUGCUGGGGUCACUGGUGCAGUAAAUGUGGCCAAAGGCACCAUCCAGGGUGGCUUGGACACCACCAAGUCUGUGGUCAUGGGCACUAAGGACACGGUGACCACAGGACUCACAGGGGCUGUAAAUGUGGCUAAAGGUGCUGUCGAGGGAGGCCUGGACACAACCAAAUCUGUAGUCAUGGGCACCAAGGACACAGUAACCACAGGACUCACAGGGGCCAUGAAUGUGGCUAAAGGCACAGCACAGAUGGGUCUUGGCACCAGCAAGACUGUGCUGACUGGCACAAAGGACACUGUAUGUGCUGGGCUCACAGGAGCCAUUAACAUGGCUAAAGGGGCUGCCCAAGGAGGCCUGGACACCACCAAGUCUGUGCUCGUGGGUACGAAGGACACGGUAACCACAGGGCUCACAGGGGCCAUGAAUGUGGCUAAGGGGACAAUGCAGACAGGCCUGGACACCAGCAAGACUGUGCUGACUGGCACAAAGGACACUGUAUGUGCUGGGCUCACAGGAGCCAUUAACAUGGCUAAAGGGGCUGCCCAAGGAGGCCUGGACACCACCAAGUCUGUGGUCAUGGGUACGAAGGACACGGUGACCUCGGGGCUCACAGGGGCUGUGAACGUGGCUAAAGGUGCUGUCCAGGGAGGCCUGGACACAACCAAGUCUGUGGUCAUGGGUACGAAGGACACGGUGACCUCGGGGCUCACAGGGGCUGUGAACGUGGCUAAAGGUGCUGUCCAGGGAGGCCUGGACACAACCAAGUCUGUGGUCAUGGGUACGAAGGACACGGUAACCACAGGACUCACAGGGGCCAUGAAUGUGGCUAAAGGCACAGCACAGAUGGGUGUAGACACCAGCAAGACUGUGCUGACUGGCACAAAGGACACUGUAUGUGCUGGGCUCACAGGAGCCAUUAAUGUGGCUAAAGGGGCUGCCCAAGGAGGCCUGGACACCACCAAGUCUGUGCUCAUGGGCACUAAGGACACGGUGACCACAGGACUCACAGGAGCCAUUAACAUGGCUAAAGGUGCUGUUGAGGGAGGCCUGGACACUACCAAGUCUGUGAUCAUAGGCACCAAGGACACGGUGACCACAGGACUCACAGGGGCUGUGAAUGUGGCUAAAGGCACAGCACAGAUGGGUCUUGGCACCAGCAAGACUGUGCUGACUGGCACAAAGGACACUGUAUGUGCUGGGGCCACAGGAGCCAUUAACAUGGCUAAAGUGGCUGUCCAAGGAGGCCUGGACACAACCAAGUCUGUGCUCUUAGGUACCAAGGACACCGUGACUACAGGGUUCACAGGGGCAGCAAAUGUGGCUAAAGGGACAGUACAAAUGGGUCUGGAUAAAAGCAAGAGCAUGCUGAUGAGCACACAGGACACUUUAUGUGCUGGGGCCACAGGAGCCAUUAAUGUGGUCAAAGGGGCUGCUCAAGGUGGCCUGGAUACUUCGAACGCAGCACUCAUGGACACGGCCAGAGGAACAAUGCAAACGGGCCUGGACACCAGCAAGCAUAUGCUUACAGGCAUGAAGGACACUGUCUGUGCUGGGGUUACCGGUGCCAUGAGCAUGGCUAAAGGUAUUCCUAAGAACACAGACACCACCAGAGACACCCAGUCUUCUGUGCUGGCUCAUUCAGGUAAUGUAGCCACCAAUGCCAUACACACAGGUGUUCACACACUUCCAAGUUCACUCUCUGCCUUUCAUUCCAUCAUAUGUCAUGAGCCUAGCAGUUACAGAGCCACUAACCAUGGGGUAGGACAAGUCACCCUGAAUUCCACAGAGUCCCUGUGCUGUGAGACAAGCAGCUUCUCAGACACAUAUGGCUUGGGGCAUGUCACAGAGCCCAUAGAUGACACCAAAACCCUUGUGUCUGGUAUGGUUUCAUCUGCCCGCGCAGCUACCAGGUCAGUGGAGGAGUGUGGUCAGCUGGCUGCCACAGGCUUUGCUGCACUUCGUGAUGAGUUGAAAGGGCUGGGUGAUAUCUUUCAGCCCAUGACAACCGAGGAACAAGCUCAGCUGGCGGUCUCAGAGUCAGGGCCCCGAGUACUCUCUGCUGACCGGGGAAGCUACUACAUCCGCCUGGGUGACCUGGCCCCUAGCUUCCGCCAGCGGGCUUUUGAACAUGCCCUGAGCCACAUACAGCACAACCAGUUCCAAGCCAGGACCGCACUAGCCCAGCUCCAGGAGGCCUUCCAGAUGACAGACAUGACCAUGGAAGCUCCAUGUGGGAAGCUGUGCAGGGACCAGAGCUUGAAUACCAUGCUGGAGGCUAUUGGUAGCCAUGAGGUGGGUGUGGCAUGGGCCUUCCUUCCCACUGCCCCUAGUCAAAGCCCUGUCCCUCCUUACCUUUCUCCACCUCUGCAGAUGCAGGCUUCCGUGGCUCAGGACAGGCUGUGCACCCUCGCCCAUCAGCUCCAUGCAGCUUACAGCAGCCUGGCAACCAGCCUGCAGGGUCUGCCAGAGGUGCAGCAGCAGGCAGGGCAGGCACGGCACAGCCUCUGCAAGCUGUACAGCCUUGUGUCUUCAGAGGCAGGUAGUGAGCUGCAGACAGAGCAGCUGGCCCAGAGCAGUGCUGGUGUUGUUGAGGCCUGGCAGGGCCUGGAGGUGCUGCUAGAGAAGCUGCAGCAGAACCCUCCACUCAGCUGGCUGGUUGGACCCUUCACCUCCAUGCCCUGUGGCCAGCUGUAGGCACCUGAGGGCUGGGCGGGUGGGGUGCCCAGGUACAUGCUGUGACCACAGCUGGCUGUACUUCCCCAAAGCUCUGGAUGGAACAGGAGCAGAAGAUCCUCGGAAAGUGAACUUGAAACCAGCCACAGCUCCUGCUAUUUCUAAGAACCAAUGACCCCCUCCCUCCAAACUAGCCGCCAAGUCUGUUCAGAUACAGGCCACACAGACCCCAACACAGACAAAGAAGAACCAUGCAUCCCCACUGGCCAGCUUUCUAUCCUUGGGGCUCUGACCCUCUCUCCAGGGGCCAUAGCUCUCCUCUAUGGGUGGUGCCACUCCAACCCAGGCCCCAUUUUCGGCAGCACAACUGCAGAUCCUUGUUCACCGGGACUAGAACACACAGCCAUGCUGAUGUAGGUUCCUACAGCUGCUUCUGAUACUUAGUAAGGAGAAAUGCUGCACAAAAUCACACAAUUACAUUCCAGGCUGCUGUGGGCCUGGCUCAGGCCUGUUCUGCCGAGAAAACCAGAGUUAUAUAUAUAUAUAUAUAUAACUAUAUAACUAUAUAACUAUAUAUAUAUAUAUAUAUAUAUAUAUCUCAUAGCAUGGAGACAGGGUUGAUCUGACAGGCCUAGCAAUGCUGAGCACAGGAACAUGGCCUGCAGCCUAGGGUUGAAGACUGUACUGAAUGGGCAGGUGAUGGCUCAUCUCCCUUGCCCUAUACACCCAAAAUACAAGCAAACAAGAUGCUGGGGCACAAAGCACUGGCUCACUGCCAGGCCAAGGCCACAGCCCAGCCCUCCCUGAACCCCAGCAGUACUAGUGACCCCAACCUUCCAGCUCCUUUAUCUGCACUCUUGGAAAAUAACAAUGUCCACAAGCUUUAGGCCUGGGCCAGCUGUGGCCAAGGAAUGCCAUGAUAGAGAUAGCAAGGAGCCUUUCCCUGUCCUUCUGCCAUGUCAGCAUCAGGGUGACAUUAGACCCAGCCACUGGCAAACACUGGGCUCAGAGCCUACAGCUAAGCCUUCCAACAGAUGACAUGAGCCUCAUUAUAUCAUGCCAAGUUAUUGGUGGCUACUGAGGCAAGUGGAUACAACCGUGAGCCCACUGGGAACACAGAAGAGUGGGGAAGCCCCUGCUCAAAGCUACACAGUGAGAGGGGGCUGGGAUGGUGUGGACUGCAACACUCCAGCCCAGAGGUCGAGCUGCCCCAGAGGCACUUUGCUGGUCCCACCUGGGGGUCCCUGCACAGCUGGUAAUGGAUUUCUGUUGGGCUGUCCUUAGUGUCCGCUUCACUCAAGCUGGUAGACAGGCCAUUCGGUGCACCAAGAGUUCUGCUGGCCUGUGGGUAUGACACCUGCCCUGAAUCAGGUCUGGCUCCCCAUACUGCUCUUGGUGGCCAGUACUUAAGCCAAUAAAAGCUGUUUCUUU